CAGCACCACCAGCACCACCACCAGCAGUACCGCCAAUGCCUCCCCCACCGACCCUAAUAGCGAUCCUGCCCACGCCAUCCUCCACGUCCCCAACCAAAAUCCUGACGCUCCCCCACCCGCGUACCAGCACACCGACCCGCUACCUCCUGCACCCUUCCGCGGGCCUCCACGAGCUGACCAAGAUCACGCCUCCAUCAUCGCAGCCACGGUCCUGGCUCCUCACACACCCGUCGCCGGGGUACACGCUCUCAGACGGGAGCCUGUACAUUUCCACUCCCUUAGACCCACUCUUCCUGCUGCUCCCGCACCUGCUCGCGAAGGCGGACGAGAAGCAUUUCCUCCCGCUCGACGACCUGCUCGAUGAGCUGCCUGCGGUGUGGGCGGCCGUGCUGGCCGCGCAGAGAAACGUCGUUGAGCGCAGGGUCCGCGCCGUGUGUGCGGCUAUCGAUGCGGGCGGGGAAAAGGCGUAUCGCCUGUGCUUGGAGAAAACGCGGAGAGUGCUGGCAAGGAAGUGUCAGGCUAUGGCGCAGGCGCUGCCGAGGAGUCUCGAGGAGGAGUUUGUGAGGAGGCCGUUGGUCAAGCCGGUUACUGCCGCGUCUGUGGUGGUGCUCGAGGCCCGGAGCGGCGAGGAGGAGGAGACCACAGCUGCGGAGAAGGAGAGCGAUGAGAAGAAGGAGGGGGAUAUGGAGGAUACACCGAAGGAGGAGCCAGACGCCGCCAUGACACACCUCCUCCGCCUCCGCGUAUCUGCACAAUUCCUCGGCAGCACAUACCUCCCCACAUCUCUAGCCACAGCACUCACCGAGCACCUCGCCUCUGUCCACGAUUUCGCGAUACUGGACGAACACCUAGCACAUCUCAAGCAGCUACGCCUCGACUCUGCCGCCGCCCGGUCGGGAGACUUCUCGCUGAAGCGUGGGAAUGACGAUGAAGCCUCCGAUGCGAAGGCAGAGAAGAAACGGAAGACCGAGGAAGACGAGGCGAAGAAGAAGAAGAAUGUUAGUCGAGGCGUCAGGGAGCUAGGAAAGGUUAAUACCAGGGGCAUGGCGAAGUUGACAAGUUUUUUCAAGAAGAAGGAGUAGCCUUGUUGGAGGGUGGGGAGGGCGUGGGGAAGUUUUCAUUUCGGUAUAUGUACACACUUAGAUACAGAGGUUGUACGUACCGGCAUUGGCAUUUCACGGCAACGCAUCGUGAUGGAGCCGCGUGAUGGAGCCGGCUGUAGAGUCAUAGACUCCCAAUCCGAU